GCACCAAAGCCGGCGGUUUGAGGCGUCUUUGCCAACAGCAAGCUAUUAACGCAAUGGGACUUCAGGCUGGCUUGGCUAGCAGAGGUUAUCCAGUGUGCCGAAGGGCUUGACCAGCCAGCAGAAGAGCUGCAAAAGAUCCUGAAAGGGCUGGAAAGAGGCGCAUCUCCUCUCGGGUCACUAUGGAAACCAUGCAAAGGCAAAUCCAUUUGGCUUUCCUUGUGUUCCCACUGAUGGUGUUUGGGGCUCCCAGGGAUGAGGCUAGCCCCCCACAGUUUACAACCACCCUGAGUGGCUGCCGCCGUUGCUGCGACUCCCUGGAUGCCCCAGGCUCCUCGGAGACCAAUUCUGGUACAAACAGCCCUAGCUCAGUUCCCUAUAUAGUGCCAGAGGUCCGUCCGUAUAUCAACCUCACCAUUCUGAAAGGAGACAAAGGAGAUCAAGGAGAGCCUGGGAUUCCUGGGAAAUGGGGCAAAGAAGGACCCCCUGGUGAACGGGGAGCUCAGGGCCCGAAGGGGAACAAGGGACAGAUGGGUGCCCCAGGGGAUCCUUGUAAGCACCAGUAUGCCGCUUUCUCUGUCGGCCGUAAGAAGGCCCUCCACAGCAGCGAGGGGUACCAGGCCUUGAUCUUUGACACCGUCUUUGUGAAUCUCUAUAGCCACUUUGACAUGUUUAAGGGCAAAUUCUACUGCUACGUGGCUGGCCUCUACUUUUUCAGCCUCAAUGUCCACACUUGGAAUUUCAAGGAGACCUACAUGCAUGUCAUGAGGAACGACCAAGAAGAGGUCAUCCUCUAUGCCCAGCCCAGCGACCGCAGCAUCAUGCAGAGCCAGAGCCUGAUGCUGGAGCUGCGGGAGAAUGACGAGGUCUGGGUGCGCCUCUACAAGCGAGAGCGUGACAAUGCCAUCUACAGCGACAACGUGGACAUCUACAUCACCUUUAGUGGCUACCUGAUCAAGCCCAGCCUUGAGUAACUUCUUUCCUUCUAAGCACUUCUUCUGCUUCCUGUGCAUUCUGUUCACUGCCUGCAACUGCUGCGAAGCACACACAGAAGAACUGGAAGGAUCUGAGCAUUUGGGGGACAUUUUUUAGAGAAUGCAGUGCUGAGAAAAGAGCAGAUGCUGCCUUUCUGGGCAGGAAGGUGUAAUUAGUUCAAGAAAAAUUUCCUGCGGACCUCUGUAACCCUGCUCACUUUGGAGGAGACUCUGAAGUUGACAGUGGGAGUUUCCAAGUUAACCAAAUCCUUCUCAACUGCUAUAUCUCAGGCUUUGCCUUUGCUUGAGUGUUAAUACACAGGUGUUCUGGUGGUGAUUUCCUAAUCGGUGGCACUCUUGUUGGCACGAAGGGGGAAAAGUUUUACUUGUUGAGUUGGACUGUCUAAGGCAAGUUAAAUAUUUAUAAAAUUUUGAAGCCACAUAAUAGCUCAACAGCCUGCAAGGUGCUUGACAAUAAUCUGUUUUCGCAGCAAAAGCCACUUUAUUCAGACCCUGCUGGGCUGCCAUACAUGGCAGGUCACAAGUCGUGCAGGCCUCAUCUUGUCCAAUCCAAUAAAAGUUGAGUUCGCCAACCUCUGUGUAGGUAGAGGCCCAUCCUCCAUGAACUAAUAACAAU